AUGAACUACUUGCUGUUAUUUUAUAUGGUUGCCAAUCUGAUCGUGACGGCUGUUGGCGGCACAGUUCCACGAAAUCCAUCUGUCAGGUCGGACCUGCUCCAACCGAGUCAAGACCCGUUUUAUGCUGUUCCAGAUGGUCUUGACGCAAUAAAGCCCGGUACAAUUUUAAAGCACCGGGCUCCUCCUUCUCCCAUUGCUGCUUUCAGUGUCGCGGCUCUUAAUCUCAAGGCCUCUCACCAAAUACUCUAUCGCACCACUGACAGCCUGGGGGCCGCUACCGCCACAGUUCUUACUGUUCUGAUGCCUCACAACGCGGACACCAGCAAGAUACUCUCCUACCAGAUCGCCGAAGAUGCGGCGUCAAUUAACUGCGCGCCAUCCUAUGCCCUCCAGCUCAAGUCCGCUACUGGACCUCUGCUGGGCACACUCGUCACACAAGCUGAGCUACUACUUGUUGAGGCUGCCCUGCAACAAGGUUGGGUGGUCAUCAUACCGGAUUUUCAGGGAUCCAAGGGAGCAUAUCUCGCGAAUAAGCUCGCGGGAUACGCAACCCUGGAUGGUAUUCGGGCAGCCCUGAAUUCCGCGUCCUUCACCGGCAUCAUGGCAAACAGCUCCAACCUCAAGAUUGGAAUGUGGGGAUAUUCCGGUGGCUCUCUUGCCACAAAUUGGGCAGCCGAGUUGCAGCCAACCUACGCUCCGGAACUGCGCAUAGCCGGGGCAGCGGUGGGAGGCACCAUCCCUAACAUCACCACCGCGCUCACAACAAUCAACGGCGGCCCCUUUACCGGCUUUAUACCUGCAGGGAUCCUCGGCCUGGCCGCUCAAUAUCCGGAGAUACAGCAAGUGUUGGACCAGCAUCUCAAGCCGCAGUUUGUGGAUAAAUUUCACGCCGUCCUGAACCAGUGUUUGGUGGCGGAUGCAGCCGACUUUUUAUUUCAAGACGUCAUUGGCAUGCUGGAUGACCGAAAUCUCGUUCAGACUAAUCCGAUCGCGGUCCGGAUCCUCGGCGAGAAUGCCCUGGGGCGGGCAACACCCAAGAUACCCUUUUUCUGGUACAAAUCUGUCUUGGACGAGGUUAGCCCUGUUGAGGAUACAGAUGCUUUGGUGAAGAAGUACUGUGCCCAAGGCGUGACGAUAGAGUAUCAGAGGGAUCUUGCAUCUGAGCAUGGCAGCUGUGCCGUUGUCGGUGCACCCAAGGCCUUGUCUUGGCUCAAAAAUGUCAUGAAUGGCAAAAGCCCGCAGCCUGGAUGCUCCACCAAGACUGUCUUGACAUCGCUGAUUGAUCCUGCCACUGUUCAGGUUGUCCCCGGAUAUAUAGUGAAGCUACUGCUUGAUUUGUUGGGCAAGCCCGUCGGGCCUCUUCUGUUUGGAUAA